UCUAUGAUAGAGGCCUAAUUACCAAAGUUUAUUUUCGUAGGCCCAAGAAGAGAUUAGAGGAAGCAGACCCAAAUUCAGAAGAAAGGAUGAAACUCUCAGCUGAAGACUCAAGGAUGGAUCUGAUGGAGGGCAAACUGGGAAUGACAGAAGCUGAUCUGGAGCAGAAUAAGCUUGGCCAUUCAGCUGUGACCACUUGGCAGCCUAUCAGUGGGCAGGAGGCAGAAUUCGGUUAAGGAGGCUCAUGCUUUUAUAGAGCAGCAGAAAAAGGAGACGGAGCCUGGUUUUUUGUUAUGAAAAUGAUGUACUGAAGUUUGUUAAGAAGGAGGAGGGGUCUGGCUCUCAAAUUCCAGAAUUAUUCAGUGUCCAUUUAUUUUGUUUGUUCCAGUUUAUUUUCCUUUAGUUUCAUUGUUCUGUUGUUGCUUGAGUUGAGUUGAGAAACAUUGGUGUAAACAUUAGCAUUGACGAAUGAAUGAAUUUCAGAUUGGAAUGCUAUUUCUAUUGAAUUGAUUGAGUUUGUUACAUUGACUGAGUAUACAUUAUACAAAAUAGAGGCGGCCUGCUGAGGUCCAAAACAUUACAGGAUCUUCUUUUCACUUAAUUCUGCCAAGAGACAUUGAAGCUGGAGCAGCAGGGAACUUGACCUGAACAGGUACGCAACAAACUUGGUAUCAGAGCCGUUGGUGCUGGGUUAUGGUAAAAACCAGAAUGGAGGGGAGAGUGAAAGAUUUAGAAGAAAACCUUAAAAGCCUAACGGAAAAGGUGACCAUUAUGGAUGAAAGAUUUGUAAAUUCAGAACACCAAACAACUUUUCGGUUUGACAAGCUUGAUGAAAAUUUGCACGAGAUAAGACAACUUCUGCUGAAGGAUACAAAGGGGAAGGACAACGAAACAGUAGUGACACCUACUGUCACCCAAGAACCACCGCAAUUUUUUUCAGAACCAUUGAACACUGGAGCAAACUUUGGGUUUCAGCAGCCGAUUCCUCCACCACAGCAGCCUCCCUACCCACACAGCGCUGGUGUAGCGUUUGGAGAAUCAUCUAGAAACCAUCGACCACCGCGUUACGCUGCUCCGGAGACGACGAAUCGGCGUGACCAUUAUCACCGAAAAUUGGAGAUGCCUCUGUUCAGUGGAGUGGACUCAUGGGGGUGGGCAGCCAAGGUCGAGCGCUAUUUCCAGAUGAACGGCAUGGACGAACGGGAACGUUUGGCGGCAGUGAUGUUUUGUUUGGAAGGGGAGGCGUUGAGUUGGUUUCAGUUCAGGGAGCUCUGGAGGCCAUUUCGUGAAUGGAGGGAGGUGAAGGAGGAGCUUCUUCUGCGAUUCGGAUCAACACAGCACCGGACGCCCUACGAACAGAUUAUCUUGCAUCGGCAGACGGGAACGGUGGCCGAGUACAGAUCGCGUUUCGAACAGCUGGUGGCAAUGCUUCCGUCGGCACCAGCAGAGUGGGUGCGAGGAGCCUUCACCGCCGGACUGAAACACCGAAUUCAGGCCGAGCUUCGUCUCCAAGCACCGGCGGAUCUUUUCACCUUGAUGCAGCAGGCGGCUGAUAUAGAAGAAAGGGACCGGGUCGUGCACGGGCCGGAUUGGGACCCGGAUCCAACAAGGGCAGCCCAAGCCUUUGCAACUCCAUCCAGUUUUCAACCCAGCCCAAGCCCAUUUCCUUCUUCCUUUAAUACACAGCCCAACCACAAAAUUUCUGCCUCCUGCCCAGUCCACCCAAACGCGUUUUCCACAGCAGCUUCGUCUCUUGUUUCAAACCACACCAGUCCACACUAUCAGCCACCCACCCAAACCGCUCCAACACCCAAUCCAACUCAUAAGCCCGCCCAUCAACCUGACCCAUACCCAUUCCACCGACCCGACUCAGGCCAUAAUUUCCCACCCACGCUUUCGACUUCCCAGACACAUUCCUCUAAUAUUUCAGCCCCAAAUUCAGCCCCACCUUCGACGCUUUCUUCCGUCGUUCCACCAAAUCUCCCACCAUCAGAAGCUAUCCAUCACUCUCCCCAUACACCUCCUACACCCAACCAGCCACCAAUUCCUUUUUCUCCUCGGUUCAACUCGUUCAGUCGCCGCCCUAACCUAACUUCCAGACCGGAAUACCCACGCCUCUCCCAAUCUGAAAUUCAGACCCGCAUAGCGCAAGGCUUGUGCUUCAAGUGUGCAGGCAAGUUCGGUCCGAACCAUCAGUGCCCCUUCAAACAACUCCGUUUGAUGCUUUGUGAUGAAGAUGAACAGGACCCAACGGAAUUUUCGGAAGACGCCAGCCAACUCAAGCUCCGAAACAGUGAGGAGAUGGAGCUUUCCCGUCACUCUGUUGCUGGUAUCAGUACUCCUAAGACGUUGAAAUUUUUGGGCAAAAUUCACACUUCCCCUGUCAUCAUUCUGGUGGAUUCCGGUGCUUCCCACAGCUUCAUUUCUCAACAAUUGGUCAACAAAUUGCAGCUUCCAUGCUCACCAACAACCUUCCAAGUGAUCAUCGGAAAUGGAAGUUCGGUCGCCGGCGGAGAGAAGUGUCCAGGCGUUGAGCUACUGUUACCAGAGAUGAAAUUUCUUCACGACUACUUUGUUUUCCCGUUGGGCAACGUGGAUGUCAUUCUUGGUGUGGAUUGGCUAGCCACUUUGGGCGUUAUUAAAAGCAAUUGGCAGGACCUCACUAUGGUGUUCCACUGGGAAGGGCGGAAAAUUACACUUCAGGGGGAUCCUUCAUUAGUCACCCAAGAAACUUCUCUUAAGGCUGUUUCGAAAUCACUUAAAAUGGGUACCCAUUGCUAUUGGAUUCAGUUAGCUGCCUCAGAAAAUAUUUCAGAAGAGCCUCCAGAAGCAGUUCAGAGAAUUCUGGUAAAUUUCCAACAUUUGUUUGAGGAGCCCAUGGGGUUACCGCCAUGCCGAAAACAUGAUCAUGCCAUCCGUUUGUUUGAUGGAGUCGCACCGCCUAACGUCCGACCUUAUCGGUAUCCUCAUCACCAGAAGACUGAAAUUGAGAGACAGGUUCGUGAAAUGCUUCAUGCUGGAAUUAUUCGCCCAAGCCACAGCCCAUUCUCCAGCCCUGUUCUCCUGGUGCAAAAGAAGGACGGUGGCUGGCGUUUCUGCGUUGACUACCGCGCCCUCAACAAAAUUACCAUUCCAGAUAAGUUUCCUAUUCCUGCUAUAGAUGAGCUGUUAGAUGAAUUAUCUGGUGCUACAAUCUUCACCAAACUUGAUUUGAAAUCUGGCUACCAUCAAAUCAGAAUUAUUGAUUCUGAUGUUGAGAAAACAGCUUUCCGGACACAUAACGGCCAUUACGAGUUUCUGGUCAUGCCCUUCGGCCUGUCCAACGCCCCUGCCACUUUUCAGGCCCUCAUGAAUGAAGUCUUUCGGGCCCAUUUACGGCAGUUUAUUCUUGUCUUUUUUGAUGAUAUUUUGAUUUACAGCAGCACCUUAUCUGCUCACUUGCAUCAUCUCAGUUUAGCUUUGCAGCUUCUUUCCGACCAUCACCUACUCUUGAACAGAAAAAAAUGUUCCUUUGGGGUUUCUCGCUUGGAGUAUUUGGGCCACAUAAUUUCAGCUGAGGGUGUAGCUGCUGAUCCUCAGAAAAUUCAGUGUAUGAUUGAUUGGCCGCGACCUCGCGAUAUUACGGCACUUCGAGGGUUCUUGGGACUUACAGGCUAUUACCGCCGCUUUGUACGCCACUAUGGACAAAUUGCAGCCCCAUUGACACAGCUGUUGAAAAAGAACUCCUUCCACUGGAAUGAAGACUCUACAGUAGCAUUCGAGAGGUUGAAGACAGCCAUGACUACUGUUCCAGUUCUUGCCAUGCCUGAUUUUACCCAGCCUUUUCUAGUUGAGACGGAUGCUUCGUCCAUAGGCGUCGGGGCUGUUCUCAUGCAGGGGGGUAGGCCUAUUUCUUUUAUGAGUCAGGCUCUCUCCCCUAGAAACAAAGUAAAGUCAGUUUAUGAACGUGAAUUAAUGGCCAUUGUCUUAGCCUUGCAAAAGUGGCGUCAUUAUCUAUUGGGGAAGCAUUUUAUUGUCCGCACUGAUCAGAAGAGUUUGAAACAUUUAAUGGAUCAAACCAUCAUUAGUGGAGAGCAACAACGAUGGGUGAUGAAACUACUUGGUUUCGAUUUUGAAAUUCAGUAUCGUCCGGGAAUGGAGAAUAAAGCAGCUGAUGCCUUGUCCAGGUUACCAGAAGCCUCUCUUUCUUUACACUCCAUUUCAGCCGGCCAUUGGAUCGAGGGGGAAGUGAUUGAUCAAGAGGUUCGCUCCGACAGCCGGUAUAAACAAAUCAUUCAGCAGCUCCUCCAGGACCCCUCCAGCCACGCCAACUUCUUAUUAAAGAAUGGCACUCUAUUCUACAAAAACAGGUUGGUGAUGCUUUCCUCUUCUGCCCUACUUCCAGCCUUGCUUCGGGAAUUCCAUUCUUCACCUUUCGGUGGCCAUUCAGGGUUUUUUCGCACUUACAAGAAAAUAACAGCAGUUUUUUUUUGGAUUGGCAUGAAAAAGUGUAUUAGGGAUUUUGUAGCCCACUGUGAAAUCUGCCAAAGAAACAAAUAUCAAGCCAUGAGUCCUGCAGGCCUCUUACAGCCUCUUCCCAUCCCUGAUAAAGUUUGGGAGGACAUAUCUAUGGACUUCAUUGGGGGUCUUCCACGAACGAAAAAGGGAGAUACCAUUUUGGUGGUAGUGGACCGCUUGACCAAAUACAGCCAUUUCCUUGUGCUCUCCCACCCGUAUACGGCCAAAGAGGUGGCUGCCUUAUUUGGUAAAGAGAUAGUUAGGCUUCAUGGUUACCCGCGUUCGAUCGUGUCGGAUCGUGAUCGCCUAUUUAUGAGUCAAUUCUGGGGGGAGCUUUUUCGUUCCGUGGGUACAACUCUCAAGUUCAGCAGUGCAUAUCAUCCACAAUCUGACGGUCAAACUGAAAUUGUCAACCGUGGCCUUGAAACAUAUCUCCGAUGCUUUUGCUCUCAACAACCAAAGGAUUGGGUUAAAUGGAUCACUUGGGCGGAGUAUUGGUAUAAUACCACUUUCCAUAGUUCUCUUGGGAUGACUCCUUUCAAGGCUUUAUAUGGGAGAGAUCCCCCAACGCUCUUUCGGUGGGGUUCCGAAGCCUCCAAAAUAGAUGAGGUUGGCGCUUUUCUACAGCAAAGAGAUGCCAUUCUGCUUGAGUUGAAACAGCAGCUCCAUAAAGCCCAAGAUAGGAUGAAACGUCAAGCCGAUUUGAAACGUCGCGAGCUCCACUUUGAAGUUGGUGAGCAAGUGUUCCUUAAAAUUCAGCCUUACCGUUUUAGGACUCUUGCUAAGAAGCUCAAUGAAAAAUUGAGCCCUCGCUUCUACGGCCCUUAUGUCAUCCUUGAAAAAAUUGGUGCGGUUGCCUACCGUCUUGCUUUACCUUCCACAAGCAAAAUCCAUCCGGUUUUCCAUGUGUCACAGUUAAAAAGGGUCUUAGGGGCUGCUAUACAGCCACAACCUCUGCCUGGCUGCCUUUCGGGGGACUUAGAAUUGCAAUUACAGCCGGAAGCUUUAUUGGAUACUCGUUAUUCAAAAACUGGUCACUUGCAGGUCCUCAUCAAAUGGCAUUCUCUUCCGGACUGUGAGAACUCUUGGGAGGAUUACAUCGCUUUACGGGACUGUUUUCCCGAAUUUCACCUUGAGGACAAGGUGCGUCUCCGUGGGGGGGGUAUUGAUAGAGGCCUAAUUACCAAAGUUUAUUUUCGUAGGCCCAAGAAGAGAUUAGAGGAAGCAGACCCAAAUUCAGAAGAAAGGAUGAAACUCUCAGCUGAAGACUCAAGGAUGGAUCUGAUGGAGGGCAAACUGGGAAUGACAGAAGCUGAUCUGGAGCAGAAUAAGCUUGGCCAUUCAGCUGUGACCACUUGGCAGCCUAUCAGUGGGCAGGAGGCAGAAUUCGGUUAAGGAGGCUCAUGCUUUUAUAGAGCAGCAGAAAAAGGAGACGGAGCCUGGUUUUUUGUUAUGAAAAUGAUGUACUGAAGUUUGUUAAGAAGGAGGAGGGGUCUGGCUCUCAAAUUCCAGAAUUAUUCAGUGUCCAUUUAUUUUGUUUGUUCCAGUUUAUUUUCCUUUAGUUUCAUUGUUCUGUUGUUGCUUGAGUUGAGUUGAGAAACAUUGGUGUAAACAUUAGCAUUGACGAAUGAAUGAAUUUCAGAUUGGAAUGCUAUUUCUAUUGAA